CAGCGCAAAGGGUGACUCAUAAAGUUUUUAAAGAAAGUUUCUCAACCGGCAUUUGCGGACAGGACAGUGAAUCAGUAAACUUGUGUUUACAAACAUAGCUUGUCAUUUAAUCAAAAUUUGUGAGUGAACAGAGAAAGAGUGAAACUGGCGAAAACAAUGGAAGCGAUUGACCGCACGUUUUACCAUGAUGAUGGGCAUGGGUUAAAACUUGAAAAUAAUCAAGUUAAUCAACUGAAGAGAAAAAUGACUCUCGAUUUCAAUUCAGGAUCGAAAACAAAACAACAGAAGGUAACCAAUUUACUUGCUUCGCCCGACUUGAACAUGUUGAAAUUGGCUUCACCAGAACUAGAGAAAAUGAUCAUACAAGCAAACGGAAUGGUCACCACUACCCCGACACCAACCCAGUUCAUUUUUCCAAAACACGUCACAGAAGAACAGGAGCAGUAUGCACGCGGGUUCGUGGAGGCAUUGGCCGAACUUCAUCAGAUUAAGCCUCCAUCAACUUCAGGUCCCCAGUCAUUACCCUCACAGACAAGUCAAGGCAGUGUGAAGAUGGAGAAUUCUGACAGUGAAGAUGACGAUUCCCAGUCCUCCUAUUCCAACACUGACGGAAUCCUACCACUGACCACUACCACCUCACUUCCCGGCGGCUUAUCUUCUAAUAUUCCCCGCAUUGCGAACUUUUCUCACCUGAGCUCAAGAAUCGAUGACAUUAAAGAAGAACCUCAAACAGUCCCAUGUGUUGGCGGGUCGCCUCCCUUGUCACCGAUUAACAUGGACAAUCAAGAAAAAAUCAAACUUGAACGCAAACGGGCAAGGAACAGGAUUGCUGCCAGAAAGUGUCGCACCAGAAAACUGGAACGCAUCGCCAGACUUGAAGAGCGUGUGGCUGAAUUGAAAGGACAAAAUAACCAACUGGCCAAUUCGGCUACUUCUCUCAGAGACCAAGUAUGCAAACUUAAACGACGAAUCAUUGAACAUGUCAACAGUGGCUGUUCAAUCAUGAUUUCGUCAUCUUUGCAGCUAUGAUGAGUUGAAGUCCCAAAGAAGUGCCUCUAUUGUGUUCUUUUGUCUGUGUUUAUAUAUGAAUUAUAUAUCUGAUUCUCAAUGUGCCAAGUUCUAAGUCUGUGGAUGACAAGUAAAUGUUAUAACAUUCGAUUUCACAAAUUUGAUAUUUCCAGAAUAUUUUCAUUCUCUGUAUUUUAAGAUUUUCUUUGUUUAGAUGGUGUAAGUUUUUGUUCUUGUUGUAUGUGUUAUGAUAUGGAACUUAGGAAACCUUAAGAAUACAUGGAAUCAAUUAUUCCAUCAUGGAUUUAACUUUGGAUCAACUGUGCUUCUUAUCUACAGAUAUGCAUGAAUCAUUUGUAAAUCCAUCCACAUUAUACUGUUUGAUAUAUUGGUAUAAUAUUGCUUUGUAUGUUAUUCUUUUUUUACAUUUGAUACUGAUUAAAUUAUUUUUUAUAAAAUGUU